AAAGCUUCCCUGAGUACUUGGAGCCAGGAAAGAAGCAUGAAGUGGCUUGUGCUCCUCAGGCUGGUGGCCCUCUCAGAGUGCAUAGUCAUUUUGCCUCUAAGCAAAAUGAAGACCUUGCGAGAAACCCUGGGAAAAAACUUGCUGAACAAUUUCCUGGAGGAACAAGCUUACAGACUGUCCAAGAGAGACUCCAAAAUAGCUACUCAUCCCCUGAGGAACUAUCUGGAUAUGGCCUACGUGGGUAAUAUCACCAUUGGAACACCCCCUCAGGAGUUCCAGGUCAUCUUUGACACAGGCUCAGCUGACUUGUGGGUGCCUUCCAUCAGCUGUGUCAGUCCAGCCUGUUAUACACACAAAACCUUCAAUCUUCACAAUUCCUCCAGCUUCGGGCAAACACGCCAGCCUAUUAACAUCUUCUAUGGACCUGGGACAAUUCAGGGAUUUCUUGGCUCUGACACCGUUCGGAUCGGGAAACUUGUUAGCCUUAAACAGUCGUUUGGCCUGAGCCUGGAGGAAUAUGGGUUUGAUGGUGCACCCUUUGAUGGCGUCCUGGGCUUGGCCUACCCCUCCAUCGGCAUUAAAGGUGCCAUCCCCAUCUUUGACAACUUGUGGUUGCAAGGUGCCUUUUCUGAGCCUGUCUUUGCCUUCUACUUGAACAAAUGCAAGCCGGAGGGCAGUGUGGUGAUGUUUGGUGGGGUGGACCACCGCUACUACAAGGGAGAGCUCAACUGGAUACCACUGUCCCAAACUCGCUACUGGCAGAUAAGCAUGAACCGCAUCAGCAUGAACGGGAAUGUUGCUGCUUGUUCUCGUGGGUGUCAGGCCCUUUUAGACACUGGAACAUCAGUGAUCCAUGGCCCAACAAGACUGGUCACCAACAUCCACAAACUCAUGAACGCCAGGCAGAAAGGUUCUGAGUAUGCGGUUUCAUGUGAUGCUGUCAAGACCCUGCCUCCUGUCAUCUUCAACAUCAAUGGCAUCGACUAUCCAGUGCCCCCUCAAGCCUACAUCAUCAAGGCUCAAAACUUCUGCCUUAGCAUCUUUCAUGGCAGCACAGAAACUAGCUCUCCAGAGACCUGGAUCCUGGGUGAUGUCUUCCUGAGACAGUACUUCUCAGUUUUUGAUCGAAGAAAUGACAGAAUUGGCCUGGCUCCGGCAGUGUAA